AAUCGUUCUAACAGCGGGCGAUUAGCACUCCGGUGUAUUAUAUAGCUCAGUGGUCCGUUGUUCAUCGGGCUAAAUGCCCCACCAGCUGCCUGCAGGCUGUUUCCCUCUUUAAAAGUCAGCAAAUUAAGAUUUCUCAAAUUUAUAUAUAAUAGUAGAAUGUAAUUUUGCGUAAAGCCGCGUUUAAGGAAAAUGACCUCUGCAGGACGAUAAAUAUCACAUUCAAGGGCGAGUUUGCCUCUGCAGUUUGAAGGUAAUUUCUGCUUUCCGACUCGGAAGACAAGAAAAAGAAAAAAAAGGGGGGGGAACAGGAAGACCACAAUGCUUCAGCUGGAAGAUGAAGUCACCCUCUACUCGCUGGUCUUCGUGCUGGUCCUGCUGGGAACCCGGAGCCCCCUGUGGUCCACCGCCCUCACCGCCUCCCUCUAUCUCUUUCUAGCCAUGUUCAGGUUCCCGCAGGUGGCGACCAGCCGGGCUCGGCAGGUGCUGCACCCGGUAGCGGGGAAGGUGUCCGCGGUCGCUCACCGCGGCGGCGGACACGAUGCGCCCGAGAACACGAUAGCAGCCAUACGGGAGGCCAGCAAGAACGGUGCGACCGGCGUGGAGCUGGAUCUGGAGUUUUCCGCAGACGGGAUCCCCGUACUCAUGCACGACGAUACCGUGGACCGGACCACCAACGGCUCGGGUCCACUCGGCAAGAUGAGCUUUUCAGAGCUGCGCAGACUGGAUGCAGCUGCCAAACAUCGGCUCAGGUCCAAGUUUGCGGGUGAGAAGAUCCCGACUCUGGAGGAGGCGGUGAAGGAAUGCAUCAGGCUGCAGCUCACCAUCUACUUUGAUGUCAAAGGUCAUCCAGAUGAGGCAGCUGCAGCGUUUAAAGACUUGUACAAGAGACAUCCAGGCCUCUACAACAGCAGCAUCGUCUGCUCCUUCCAACCCAAAGUCAUCUACAGGAUGAGACAGAGCGACCCUGAAGUGCUCACGGCGUUGACCCACAGGCCGUGGAGCCUGAGCACGCUCGGCGACGGCACCCCGCGGUUUUCGUCCGUGUGGAAACAUCACUGGAUGACUCUGAUGGACAUCCUGCUGGACUGGGCUCACCAUCACCUGCUGUGGAAGCUAUGCGGCGUCUCAGCCUUCCUGAUGCAGAAGAACUUCGUGUCACAGAGUUACAUCCAGUACUGGGCUCAAAGGGGAGUGGAAGUCGUAGCCUGGACCAUCAACACCAAACUGGAGAAGCAGUAUUUCGAAGAGGUGCUACACGUCAACUACAUCACCGACAGCCUCGUGGAAGACUGUGACCCUCAUUACUGAGAAACGCACCAACAAUAGGACAAACAAGAUGGCGACACCAUCCAUAUAAACAGAUGAUGUUCACAAACCCUCCAUCACAUUUGACUGGGUUUGAGCUCUUUUGUAUUGAAGAAUGAGCAAAAACUGGAAAAAUAACCCCCGGUGUGAAACAUGGUGGUGGUAGCAUCAUGGUACGGGGAUGCUUUUCUUCAGAUGGGGAUAAACGAGCGUGAGGCGAUGAAUGGAGCUAAAUACAUGGCUAUCCUGAAUUCAGUCCGCAGUUUAGGUCUUUUUAAAUUGAAUCUCUACCUCCGACAUAUUUAAAAUCUGCAAUAAAAAAGACGACCAAUAUCCAGAAGUUGUUUUUUUGUUUUUGUUUUUUUCACGUAUUAUCAGAAACAAUGAACAGCUACUGCUUAAAAUGAAAUUAAUUUCUAUUUGACGCAAAAUGUAAAGAAAUGAGGGUUUCCUCAAGACUUUUGCACAGAAAGUCUUCCACACUCAGGACUUUAAUAAGUUUUUGUUUAUUUACUGUUUAUUCUACUUAUUGUUGGGGCCUAUACCGUUUGUCCUUCCACGCACUAAAAAAAAAAUAAUGUGGAGAAAACUAUUUACAGCAACAUUUAUUGUUUAUGAAUGGUGACGCAGAUUUAAUGUAGAUCAGCUCCUCCACAGAUAGAGUGAAAGGGCUUUGCUUCACUUGUUUUGGUCCAAGUCUGUUUAAGCAGAAUAGGGUGAAUGGCACUAAAAUAAUGUUAAUGAAACAAUAUAUAAAUAGAUUCUAUACAAAUAGAAUAAACUUAGUAUGGAUUCAAAAUAACUAAAUACUUGUGUGCAAAUAGCAUCAGAUAUUAGUUUUUAAACAUCCAUCCAAUUUUUCUGCAGUGGGAUAUCUAUUCCCACUCAUAUUUAAUCUUUUUUUUUUCUCUUUUGUCCUAUAAAGUAUAUUUUUAGGGAAUAAGAAAAGAUCAAAGUGGUUAGGACAACAGUGGUACUGACCAGAUUAACCAACAGGAAGCGAGUUUGAGAAACAGCAGAGAAAGCAGGAAUGUAACUGAACUCUACAAGUGAGCUGUGGCUAAUAAAAGCGUGAUUAUAUUAAAUUAUUCCAAGUGCGACACCAUAGUGGGUUGCAGCUGUGAUCAACAAUGUAUACUUGAGUAUUUAAGAAAACUUGAUUAUAUUGCUUGUAUUUCUUUCACAUCUUAGCCUCAUGUGUUUUGCACUAUAUAACGAAUGUGACUAUCGGUGAAUUGCCAAUUACAUUGUUAUAAGUCUUAAAAUAAAACAAUGUCUCAGUGCUUUUGAUUGAA